UACUAUUUGGCUAAAAUGGAUGGAAUUGAUACUCUUAGAUUAAUUAUUAUGGAGUAGAUAUUAUUUUCUUUUCUUUAUUAUUUAAAUGCUCCCUUUGUUCCAUUAAAUUCAUGAUACUUUGGAUUCAAGGAGUUUAAGAAAGUUGUGGAAAAGUGAAAAGUGUGUGGCUAGAAAUUGUUUAGAGGUGAGAGAAUUGUUGGUAGCCAAAUAUUCAUUACCGAAAUAGGGAAUAGAGUGUAUAGUAUUUUUUGAGACGUCCAAAAAAUGAUAGUAUAAGAAGUUUUAUGGGACGGAGGGAGUACAUGUUUUGAAUAUUUCUUUAAUAGAUUCAGCUAACUAAGUUAUAUGAGAUACGACUGCAACAAUUUCAACACUCAUCCAUUUUUAGACUUGCCAAAUGGCUUCAUAAUUUCUUAAGCAUUACACAGAUUAUUCAUUAGUCAAUACAUUUUCACUGGAAUGUUAUGUUUGCUUGAGGAUUGCUCACUGAAUUGUGUUUGUAGUUCCGAGCUUGCACAAAGGAUUAGCAUAAAUGAAAUUGCAGAAAAUAUGAUGGCCUUCAAUACCAAUUACAAGGACACUGGUCUCUUUGGUGUCUAUGCAUCUGCUAAGCCAGACUGCUUGGAUGAUUUGGCAUAUUCAAUCAUGUACGAACUAAGCAAAUUGUGCUAUAGGGUUUCUGAGGCUGAUGUGACUCGUGCGCGUAACCAGCUAAAAUCUUCUCUGAUGCUUCACAUUGAUGGAACCAGUCCUGUUGCUGAAGAUAUUGGUCGCCAGCUUCUCACGUAUGGCCGAAGAAUCCCAUUUGCUGAAUUGUUCGCUAGGAUUGACGCCGUUGACUCAAGCACGGUCAAACGUGUUGCAAACCGGUUUAUCUUUGACCGGGAUGUGGCUAUUUCGGCAGUCGGGCCGAUCCAGAAUUUACCAGAUUACAACUGGUUCAGACGCAGAACCUACUGGCUCCGCUACUAAUUUCACUUCACCAAUACAUAGCAAGUUUUGGAGUGGCACAUUUUUCAUUCAGAGUUCAAAUUAGGGCAAACUUUUCGAGCCCUGUGCUAUUCUUUUUUCCAUUUAUUUUUGUUAAAUGUAAAACUAUUUAUUUGAUGCAAAUAAUUAGUAGAUUUGUAUCCAGAAACCCACUUUGAGUAACCUGCCCAGCUUGGUUCUUGAUGUAUUCUACGUAUAUCCCAAGUUCUUGCAGGGUUUGUAUCUCCAUUUCCAACUAUUGAGUUAUAAAAGAAACUCUGCUCAUUUUA